UGAGCAGGCAGCAGAGGAGCCCGAGUGGAGCUGGUACAGCUGUGUUUCUGCCUUUUUAACAGAUAAAUGAACUUCAAUGGAGAAGAUAAGUGAAAGCGACUCACCCAGGAUGACACGACGAAGACACAGGAGCUCGAUGUUUCGCUUUAAAUAGUUAUUACGGUUCCUGUGUGGCUAAAAAAUGUUACCGAGGCUAACCAGGCUUGCUCGCAGGCUGCAGUGACUUCUGAUGGCUUCAACUUCUGCGGCUGGAAAAGUGACGUGGCGUGAAGGUGACAGAUGUCUGGCUCCUGACCCGAGAGAUGGCACCCUGCGAGAAACCACCAUUAGGAGAAUGACCUCCGCCUCUGACGGUGAAGACGCCACAGCGUGGGUGAUGUUCACUGGUGGCAGUAAAGAUGAAGAGGAGGAGGAACCGGUACCCGUCUCCGAACUCUUGAGACCAGGCUCGGAUCACUUCACGCAGGAGAAACCCGUGUUUCCGAGAAGCAUCACAGACCCCAGGCUGUGUGUUCCUUUAGAUCUGAGUGGUGUUGAAGGAGACAGAGUCCCCUACACCAUCAAUAGAUACCUGAGGGAUUACCAGAGAGACGGCAUCAGGUUCAUUUACAGCAACUACGUCCAUUCAAGAGGUUGUAUCCUGGGAGAUGACAUGGGCCUGGGAAAAACUGUGCAGGUCAUUGGUUUCCUUGCUGCUGUGUUGCACAAAACAGGCACGUGGGAGGACAUCGAGAACAACAGGCCUCAGUUUCUGCAGAGUCAGAAGCCCCGCAGGGAAAGUAGACCAAACAAAGUGUUCCUCAUUGUGGCCCCGCUCUCAGUGCUUUAUAAUUGGAAAGAUGAAUUGGACACAUGGGGUCACUUCCAGUCUGUGGUGGUCCACGGGCCGAGGAAAGACGAGGAGUUGGCGCGUAUCAAGAAGGGACGCACCGAGAUCGCUCUCACUACCUAUGAGACUCUGCGUCUUUGUCUUGACCAGUUUAACAACAUAGACUGGUCUGCUGUGGUUGUGGAUGAGGUCCACAAAAUAAAAAAUCCAAACUCUCAGAUCACUCAGGCCAUGAAGGAUCUAAGAUGUAAGAUCAGAAUUGGCCUCACUGGCACCAUCUUGCAGAACAACCUGGAGGAGCUGUGGUGUGUCAUGGACUGGGCCAUUCCUGGUUGUCUUGGCAGCUUGGGACAAUUCAAAAACAAGUUUUCAGAUCCAGUUGAACAAGGUCACAGGCACAGUGCUACCAAACGUGAUCUAGCCACAGGGAGAAAGACUGUCAGAGCUCAGGUGAGGAAGAUUUCCCUCUAUUUCCUCAGAAGGACUAAAGCUAUCAUCAAGGAUCAACUGCCUAAGAAAGAUGACAGAGUGGUGUACUGCUCUCUCACAGACUUUCAGCAGACGGUGUAUCAGGCAGUGCUGGACACUGAAGAUGUGAUGUUACUGCUGAGGUCUUCAGAGAAAUGUGACUGUCAAAGUGGACGCACUCGCAGACGCUGCUGCUAUCAAGCUAACUCUGACGGGGUUCAAAUAAAGGGGCUCUACUUUAGUUACUUGGCCAUUUUGAGGAAAGUUGCCAACCAUGUAGCGCUGCUUCAGUCCACUGCAGGCACCAGCAAGAAACAGGAAAAGUAUGUUGGAAAAGUUUGUGAAAAGGUGUUCCAAAAGUUUCCAGAGUUUGUGCAGAGAUGCAAAGAUGAAUCAUUUGAGGCCUUAUCGGACCCCAUGUACAGUGGAAAGAUGAAGGUGUUACAAAAGCUGCUGAAGUAUUAUCUGAAAAAGAAGGAUAAAAUCCUUAUUUUUUCUCUCUCGACCAAGCUGUUGAAUGUGCUGGAGAGCUACUGCAUGGCAGAGGGGCUGGACUACAGCAGGUUGGACGGAGCCACCAAAUCCAAAGAGAGAGUCCAGAUCGUCAAAGAGUUCAACAGCUCCUCUCACAUCAACCUCUGCCUGGUUUCCACCAUGGCGGGGGGUCUCGGUCUUAACUUCGUAGGGGCAAAUGUUGUAGUGCUGUUUGACCCCACAUGGAACCCUGCCAAUGACCUCCAAGCUAUUGACAGGGCAUAUCGUAUUGGUCAGUACAGGGAUGUGACUGUCCUCAGGCUCAUCUCAUUAGGGACUGUAGAGGAGGUUAUAUACCUCCGACAAGUGUACAAGCAGCAAUUGCAGAGCUCAGUCAUGGGUAAGGAGAGUGCACGGCGGUACUUUGAAGCGGUGCAGGGGCGCGGUGUUCACAAGGGGGAGCUGUUUGGGAUCAAAAACCUCUUCCGGCUGCAGAUUCAAGGAACGUGCCUGACUCGCAAGAUAUUAGAGAGAGAGGGACAAGUGGCGGCUGGGAUAAUGACAACCAGCACACACAUGAGCGAAGAAAAGGAGGAGGAGGCGAAGGGCGCUAGCGACGUUGGAGAUUUUCCGCCUACAGAUUGCCCCGUACCAACCGUUGAACCAACCAAGGAGAGCAGAGAUGCAUCAAACGUCCCUGGAGGUGUGCUGGACUUCAGCAGUGGGAGUGAAUUGGAUGAAGUGGAGCAGGAAUCUAAGAGGAAGAUAUCAAACCCCAGUACGGUGGACGGCAACAGGAGUGGAAAUGCAUCCACUAGUCCCGGUCGAAUGAGUCUCCUCCUGCACGGUUUCUCCAAACUCUUAGAAGGGGUUAAAGGAAAACCGGAUUCAGCCGAAGGGGACAGUAGCACAGCGAUCGAGGAAAGCCCCUCUGAGGAAGAUGAUGAGGAUAAAAAGAGGGAGGUUGCCUCCUCUGUCGUCUGCAAGAGCUCCAAUCCAGGAAAUGAUGUAGUCUGUUUGCCUAAAAUUGAAACAAGAACCUGGGACAUGUCCAGCACUACAGACGGAGAAAAGAGGGUUUCUCUGUUGACAAAGAGUGACGAUGCUGUAAGAAAGAGGCAAGAUCUGAAAAAACAUGCAGAUGAGAAUGGUGACAUUUCAUCUGCAUACAAAAAGAAUCCUAACAAGCUCAAAGUCCCGAAAGUGCACCACGUUCAGGGAUACUCCGAUGAAUCUGAAGAUUUGGACAUAGAGGCAAUGAUGAGGCCGAAGAGUGCAGCCUUAGAGUCACACAACAGAGGAGCAGACAGAGUGAAGGGAAGGCUGGACCGCAACAGAAAGAGGCAACGUGCUAGUGUCAGGGACAAGGCCAGCUCCAAAUACACAGAGGACAUAGAGACAUUCACAUCUUCAGAUGAUGAUGAUGAACACACUCCUGUUAAGAAAGGAAGAUCCCCAAUAUGUCCCUUCAAAUCUCCACAGACAGAAAGAUCCAGAGUUAAGGAAAAAAACGCUGGAGAAAAAGCUUCAACAACCAGCAGGACUGAGAGACCAGCAGAGUCACCCGAAACUGGUUCCUUCACAAAUCUGAAAAGUCAAACAUCCCAGACGUCCAGAGGAAAAGAUGGAACCAUCGACAGUGUGUUAGGAGGCGUACAGGAGGUGGUAUAUACACACUCUAACCAGCGUGUGGUCGGAGGGAGCAAAGCAGAGGAGCUGAUCAGCAGAGCGGCUGUACGAGACGUGUUUGAACGCAGGAUGUACUCGCAGCUCCCGGCCAAUCACCUUCUAGACACCAUGGAGAGUCUGUUAGAGAGCCCACCAGACAGUCCUCCACACCCUUCUCCUGUGAGACUUGAGAGGCCCACUGUGGACCAUCCAGUCACCUUCACCAACAAGAGUGUGCGCCACACCAGGCACACCACCUUCAUCAUUGGAGAGACUCCCCAGGCUAUAUGCAGGCAGCAGCUGGAAGAAAUGGCCGGAAAGUUCAGAUUUCCCUCAGUGCAUCAGUUUGCAAAGGAGAUUCUGCAAAGAGACUCAGCCCAAAGACUGGACUGGCUGCGGCGGUAUUACACUUCACUAAACCACCCUGACCUAGCUGAAACAGUCACAAGCAACUUCCCACGGCCGGAUCUAGCGCAGGCUUUUUCCUCUUCCUCCUCCUCCUCCUCAACAUCUACCAAAACGGCUGCUACCCGCUCAACCAGAACCCCACAGAAGGAUGUCACAAAAGCCAAGAAAAGGCCUAAAUACACCAAGAGAAAUCCUGAGACUGAAAUGGAGCAAAACAUCCCACAAAACAAUGUUUCAGCACCACAGAAGAAGUCUAGAAACCCACUGAAUGAUGUUCGAGAACCCCAUAAAAAGCAAAAGAGCCAACAAAAGAAUGUUGUAGAGCGUCUGAGUGAUGUCUCAGGCCUGGAGUCAGAGGAGCAGGAGGAGGAUGUGUGCAGUGCCAGAGGAUAUAAGGGGACAAAGAGGGGUAGUGUUUCUACUUCUGGUGCUUUCAGGACUGGUGGUGGUCUUGGCUUGGACCAGGCCAGCAGCAGUGGUCUGGGGUCUGGGGAGGCUGCCGCUUUCCUGAGCCACACACACAGAGAUAUCCCUUCUUCUCCGGACCUCAGCCAUGGCAGGUCGUCGGUGAUGUCCAAACCCACAGCGCGGGGAAGUGAGCGAGAGCAAAAACUGUCUUCAAGGACCGGUAAACCUUUUCAAGGCCAGGGGGAAAAUCCUUCCCCUGCUUCGAAGGCCACAUCGCCCUCCAGUGAUCGUUCCUUCCUCACGGAUCUGAUAGGAGACACUUCCGUCCUUGAUGAUUUGUUGAAACCAAAACCCAGGGGUGCUCAACAACAGAGGACUCCAAAACCACCCUCUGCACCGUCCUCGACCUCAGAAAGCAAACACCUCACCAACCCGUCUCCAUCCGCUCUGAGAACUGAUUCAGGAUCAGCACAGUCCGACACACCGCUCACACAUCAGGCAGUAUCAAAGGGCAACCGCAAAGACUUCUGGGACAUCCUGAAUGAGGGUAAUGAAGAAAGCAUCAACAGGUUAACAGAUCCGGCAGAAGUGCAGAGGGUUUGCAUCAAUACGAACUUUAAAGUUAAAAAAAGACCAGAAGGAGAGGAGGAGAGAAAGACUCUGUGGAAGACUAAUGACAAGUUUCUGUGGAAGAAAUAACACGAGAGACUAGAGAGAUAAUAGAUUUCCAUAAAGGUUAGGGAAGAUUAGCUUGACCCUUUUAUACUUUUUACUAUUGCAGGUCUUUAAGAGAUCUUUAAAAAUACAUGAAUGUACCUUCGUUAUAGGUUUUCCUGCCUCAAAGUUUAAGAUUUUAUUGUUGUAAAAUAUUGCUUUGUCUGUACCUUUUUUUUUUUUUUAAUUGAAUUUUUACUUGCCCGUUGUUUUAAAACAAAAUCUGUAUUUUUUCAGGUUUCUGAAUUAAUUAUUAAGGUAGUGGCACAAUGAUGACUCUUGCCUGAAUAAAGAGGGUGUUAAAGAAAAAAAAAGAAAUAUUUAUUUAUUUAUUUGACAUGGACAUACAGUAACAUUGGUGCUGUAACAUUUAACCAUGCACAAGUCCCAGAUGAACUGCUCUUAGUGUUUAUAG